CCGCGAGACCCCCUCCCCUUCCGCCUCGCGGCGCUUCCUCGCGCCGCGGUCUUCACUAUCCACCCCCAACACCGCGGGGCUCGCCCCCCCCCCCGCCCGCCAACGGCGGGUCCCUAGCUUCCCAAUUCCCCUCGCUUCCCGCGCCCUCCGGCAGGGGCCUAGUCCCGGACCCCUUCGCUCCCUCCCUUCCCCCUGAUUCCCCUUCCGGACGCUGCCAUCAUGUUGAAGCCUCAGCCGCCACAACAGACUUCCCAGCCUCAGCAGCCGCCCCCCACGCAACAGGCCGUGGCCCGUCGACCUCCCGGGGGCACCAGUCCUCCCAACGGCGGCCUCCCGGGACCGCUGGCCUCCACCUCGACUUCCCCAGGGCCUCCCGCGGCAGUUUCCCCUUGCCUAGGGCCUGCUGCCACUGCAGGGAGCGGGCUCCGCCGGGGAGUCGAGGGCAUCUUGGCGCCGCAGCCGCCGCCGCCGCAGCAGCAUCAAGAAAGGCCAGGGGCAGCUGCCAUCGGCAGCUCCAGGGGACAAAGCACAGGAAAGGGACCCCCACAGUCACCGGUGUUUGAGGGUGUCUACAACAAUUCCAGAAUGCUGCAUUUUCUUACAGCUGUUGUGGGCUCUACUUGCGAUGUAAAGGUGAAAAAUGGCACCACCUAUGAAGGUAUCUUCAAGACUCUGAGCUCAAAGUUUGAGCUAGCAGUAGAUGCUGUGCACAGGAAAGCAUCUGAGCCAGCAGGUGGCCCUCGUCGGGAAGAUAUUGUGGACACCAUGGUGUUUAAGCCAAGUGAUGUCAUGCUAGUCCACUUUCGAAAUGUUGACUUCAAUUAUGCUACUAAAGACAAAUUCACCGAUUCAGCCAUAGCCAUGAACUCAAAAGUGAACGGGGAGCAUAAAGAGAAGGUGCUGCAGCGCUGGGAGGGGGGCGACAGCAACAGCGAUGACUACGACCUCGAGUCUGACAUGUCUAAUGGAUGGGACCCCAAUGAGAUGUUCAAGUUCAAUGAGGAAAACUAUGGUGUAAAGACCACCUAUGAUAGCAGUCUCUCUUCUUACACGGUGCCAUUAGAAAAGGACAACUCAGAAGAGUUUCGUCAGCGGGAGCUGCGCGCUGCCCAGUUGGCCCGAGAGAUUGAGUCGAGCCCCCAGUACCGUCUGCGGAUUGCCAUGGAGAAUGACGAUGGGCGCACUGAGGAAGAGAAGCACAGUGCAGUCCAGCGGCAGAGUUCAGGGCGGGAAAGCCCCAGCCUGGCAUCCAGGGAGGGGAAAUACAUCCCUCUUCCCCAGCGAGUUCGGGAAGGUCCCCGGGGAGGUGUUCGAUGUAGCAGUUCCCGAGGUGGCCGGCCUGGCCUUAGCUCUUUACCACCACGUGGUCCUCACCAUCUUGACAGUAGCAGCCCUGGUCCAGGUUCUGAGACACGUGGUAUCAAUGGAGGCCCUUCCCGCAUGUCCCCUAAGGCACAGCGGCCUCUGAGAGGUGCCAAGACACUGUCUUCACCCAGCAGUAGGCCUUCUGGAGAAGCUUCUGCUCCACCUCCUCCUGCAGUGGGCCGGAUGUACCCUCCACGCUCUCCCAAGUCUGCUGCCUCUGCUCCAAUCUCAGCUUCCUGUCCUGAGCCUCCCAUUGGCUCGGCAGUGCCAACUUCUUCAGCUUCCAUCCCUGUGACAUCAUCGGUUGUGGAUCCUGGAGUAGGUUCCAUUUCCCCAGCUUCUCCAAAGAUCACACUGGCCCCCACAGAUGUGAAAGAACUCACAGCCAAGGAGCCUGGGAGAAAUCUGGAGCCCCAGGAGCUGGCCCGGAUAGCUGGGAAAGUCCCUGGUCUUCAGAAUGAACAGAAACGAUUCCAGCUGGAAGAACUGAGAAAGUUUGGGGCCCAGUUUAAGCUCCAGCCCAGUAGUUCCCCUGAGACCAGCCUGGAUCCUUUUCCUCCCCGGAUCUUAAAGGAAGAGGCCAAGGGGAAGGAGAAGGAAGCUGAUGGUCUGUUGACUUCAGAACCCAUGGGGUCCCCAGUCUCCUCCAAGACGGAGUCCUUACCAGAUAAAGAGGAGAAGCCGCCCCUGCCACCAGCAGGAGGCACGGAGGGGCCAGAGCAGCCCCCACCGCCUUGCCCAAGCCAAACCGGCAGCCCUCCAGUGGGUCUCAUCAAGGGUGACGACAAGGAUGAGGGCCCUGUUGCUGAACAAGUAAAGAAGUCAACAUUGAACCCCAAUGCCAAGGAAUUCAAUCCUACAAAGCCUCUGCUGUCUGUGAACAAAUCCACCAGUACCCCAACUUCCCCGGGGCCCCGGACUCAUUCAACUCCUUCCAUCCCGGUGCUGACAGCAGGCCAGAGUGGGUUAUAUAGUCCCCAGUACAUCUCCUACAUACCUCAGAUCCACAUGGGGCCAGCUGUGCAGGCCCCUCAGAUGUAUCCGUAUCCUGUAUCCAACUCUGUGCCUGGGCAGCAGGGCAAGUACAGGGGAGCAAAAGGGUCCCUGCCCCCCCAACGCUCGGACCAACAUCAGCCAGCCUCAGCCCCUCCGAUGAUGCAGGCUGCCGCCGCUGCUGGCCCACCUCUGGUGGCCGCCACACCCUAUUCUUCCUACAUCCCCUACAACCCACAGCAGUUCCCAGGGCAGCCUGCCAUGAUGCAGCCCAUGGCUCAUUACCCCUCACAGCCGGUGUUUGCCCCCAUGCUCCAGAGCAACCCACGCAUGCUGACGUCGGGUAGCCAUCCCCAGGCCAUUGUGUCAUCGUCCACCCCUCAGUACCCUUCUGCAGAGCAGCCCACCCCCCAAGCCCUUUAUGCCACUGUUCACCAGUCUUAUCCACACCAUGCCACGCAGCUCCACGCCCACCAGCCGCAGCCGGCCACCACGCCUACUGGGAGCCAGCCGCAGUCCCAGCACGCGGCCCCUAGUCCCGUCCAGCACCAGGCGGGGCAGGCCCCACACCUGGGCAGUGGACAGCCACAGCAGAAUCUGUACCACCCAGGGGCCCUGACAGGCACGCCGCCUUCUCUGCCACCGGGACCUUCUGCCCAGUCCCCUCAGAGCAGCUUCCCCCAGCCAGCCGCUGUGUAUGCCAUCCAUGCUCACCAGCAGCUGCCCCACGGCUUCACCAACAUGGCCCAUGUCACCCAGGCCCAUGUCCAAACUGGAAUCACAGCAGCCCCGCCCCCUCACCCUGGGGCUCCCCACCCGCCCCAGGUGAUGCUGCUGCACCCACCCCAGAGCCAUGGGGGGCCCCCCCAAGGCGCAGUGCCCCAGAGCGGGGUGCCUGCACUCUCAGCUUCCACACCCUCACCCUACCCCUACAUCGGACACCCCCAAGGUGAGCAGCCUGGCCAGGCGCCUGGAUUUCCAGGAGGAGCCGAUGACAGGAUUCUAUGUAGGGUGGGCAGAAGCCACAGCCGCCGCCGCCAGGGGCUUGCUCCUGGCUCUGUCCUUUGCUUCCCUCCGUCCUCGCUCAGUUGUGAUCCAGCAGCCCCCCUCCCCACUGCCUCCCCAGCUCUCAGUGACCCCGACUGUCUCCUGACUUAGCCGAGGUAAGUUCAAUCUCAUCCCUCCCAGCAGCUCCCCUUCCACCCCCCGGGGAACUGAAGAUUGUCCUGGCCGCGACCUGAGACCUCCAUGAGUGGAGGGAAGAGUGAUCUAAGUCUCUUCCCCCAGCAGCUCGGACCAGUCCCAGCCCCCAACCCACCUCUCCCCCUGGGGAAGCUGGGGAAUUCCUGCCAAGCACCUUGAAUGGGAAGGGCCUUGAAGUGGGCAGGGUCAGGGCCCAGCGCGGGUGGGGGGUUCCUGCUCUGGCUCUGCCCAUUCCUACCCAUCUAGCCCUCCCGUCCUCUCAUCUAUCCCUGCUGGAGACAGAAGAGCUUUUAUUUUCUAUUAUUUAUAACUUCAGACUUGGGCCCCCUGUUCUUCUUCCCCAUUAACUUGAGUGACCUGCGUGAGAGAGACAGACAGACAUGCCCCACAAGGAUGGUUGGACAAGGACUUUUACUUUUUAUUACAUAAAAAUAUUUAAAAAAAUAAAAAAAAUAAAAUUUUAAACUAACUUAA